CGAGCUCUGGAACUGGAUCCGAGCAACCUUAAGGCCUUCUUCUUUGCUGGUCAAUGCCACCUGGCUCUGGGACAGUACGAUGAAGCAAUUGCCAAACUUACUACGGCUCAUAACCUCGCGCUGGAAAGUCAUCGAAACUUUGGCGACGAUAUAACCUCGGUGAUUCGCGUUGCCAAGUGGAAACGCUUUGAGCAGAUCAAUGAGAAGAGGCGUCAGCAGGAAAUUGAACUUCAGGUAGCAAAAAGGCUCCUUUUGUAA